AUGAGUUCAAAUCCAAAUGACAACCCAGUUGAUGAGUCAACCCCUGAAGUUCCACCGGGAUUCCAACCCCAACCAAACCCUGUUCAAAUGUUUGUUGAUUUUCUUCAACAAAAUCUUCAAGCUAACUCAGAGAAGAGUUCUUCAAGUCAGCUUACUAAACCCACUAUUUCUUUUAAAUCUUUCAAAUCUUUGCAACCCCCAGAAUUCAAAGGGACAGUAGAUCCCGUUGAAGCAAAAAUAUGGCUACGAGAGAUAGAGAAGACUUUUGAGAUAGUCGGUGUAGAAGAAGAGAAGAAAACUAUCUUUGCUGCUUUUAUGCUUAAAGGUGAAGCUACUUAUUGGUGGGAAGCUAAGCGAGUAUUAGAGGGAUCUAGUAUUAUUUCUUGGGCUAGGUUUACUGAGUUAUUCCUAGAAAAAUAUUUUCCUAAGCAUUUAGAGAAUCAAAUGGAGCUCAAGUUUCUGGAGCUCAAACAAGGAAAUAUGUCUGUAGCAGAGUACGAGGCUAAAUUUACCAAGCUUUCUAGGUUCGUUCCGCAUCAAGUAGAUACGGACGAGAAGAAGGCUAGACGUUUUCAGCAGGGCUUAAAGCCCUGGAUCCAAAAUAGAGUCGAUGUUCUCAAAAUCACUAGUUACGCAACACUUGUACAUAAGGCUUGUAUUGUUGAGUCAGGAACUGAGCUUUAUAACAAAGAAAAAGGCGAUAGGAAGCGAAAGACCCCACAGAAUAGUCAGAAUUCUGGCAAGAAACCUUGGAACCCGAGUGUGAAGAAACCUUUUAUAAAAAGAGAAGUGCCACAGAAUCGAGAGGGAAGUCAAAGACUUAGGACUGCACAAGCUGCAAAUGUGUUACAAGGAAGACCUCCAUUACCAGAUUGUAAGACUUGUGUAAAGAAGCAUCCACCCCCAUGUUAUCAAGAGUCUACUAUUUGUUAUAAUUGUGGAAAGAAAGGUCAUUACGCCUCUACCUAUAAAGAGAAGUCAAUUACAUGUUUCAAUUGUGGAAAGAAAGGACAUGUGGCGAAAGAGUGUAGACAAACCCAGCAGGAGAGUGCUGCACCAAAACUACCUGCACCACCAGAGAACUAG